UUUUUAGUUAUUUUAUAAAAAAAAUUUGUUUUUGUCGGCUCGACUAUGAAAAAUUUUCAAAGAUAUAUAUAAAUAAUAGUUACUUGGCUGCAAAAAUUAAAAAUUAGCAUUUGUUUCAAAAGCAUAAUUGAAUUCCUAAAAUCAUUUAAUUUUUCAAUUAGAAUUUUGACUUUAUUUCUGUGUUAUAUAACUUGAAAGAAUGGCAGCUGGUAGAAAAGUUUUGAUUGGUGGUGGAACUGGAUUUAUUGGACGACAUUUAGGCGAGCUGCUGUUGGCCAAUGGUUACAAUUUUACAAAUGUGACUCGAAUGCCAGGUGCCAACAAUAUAUCAUGGUCCCAAUUAGAAGUAGCAGGUUUGCCAAGAAAGACAUAUGCUGUAGUUAACUGUGCUGGACAACAAUUCAUGGAUUUUACAAAAAGCUGGACCCCUGGGUUUAAACAAAACGUCCAAAACUCUAGGGUAUUCACUACAAAAGCCCUGGCAAAAGCAAUCAAUAAUAGUCAAGACAAACCAAAGGUCUAUGUACUGGUUACUGGAGUGGGAGCAUAUGAGCCAUCAGAUUCUAAUAAAUAUGAUGAAAGUAGCCCCUCUACAGGCAUAGAUUUUUUUUCUAGGCUGGUUGUAGAGUGGGAAAGAGCAGCUUAUGUUGACCCACCUGUAAGACUAGUAAUAAUUAGGUCUGGUGCAGUCCUAGGCCGAUGGGGAGGAAUGAUAAAGAACAUGUUCUUGCCAUUUUUCCUUGGAGUCGGCGGCCGGAUUGGAUCUGGCAAACAAUACCUCCCAUGGAUACAUAUAAAUGAUCUGAUCCGCCUUAUUCUCUUUGCUAUAGAAAAUGAUAAUGUUCAGGGAGUGCUAAAUGGAGUCGCUCCUCACGUGAUAACAAAUGAAGAAUUCACUAGAUCAUUUGCCAGAGCUUUACAUCGGCCCGCCGUCAUUCCAGUACCAGAAGCAAUGCUAGAUUUUCUACUGCACCCUGAAAGAGCCAUGAUCAUGACAAGAGGACAGCAUGUAAUACCAAAAAGGGUGAUAGAAUAUGGCUUUAAAUACCAAUACGACGAUAUUGAUAAAGCUUGCCAAGAAGUGGCACAUCUCUUGCCAAGGAAACAUCCUCUGAAUUGAGGUGAAAUAUUUGUAUGUGGAAUUUCCUUUAUGCUUUGUUAAGGUAAGUAGGUAGUUAUUUAAAAAUUCAAAGACUAAAAAGGUUGGUUUAUAUAAAUUGUGAAUCGCGUAAUUUAUUCGUUAAAUUUAAGGCAACUUUCUGUACCUAGAUGAAUGUUAAUUUAUUGUUAUAGUUUAUUUGUUAGAUUAUGAAUGAUGUCUAUUGUGUUAAACAUAUUUAUGGCACCUUCCCAUUUAGUA